ACGUCUUGGAGGGAGUGUCCCGGGAUUGCUGCGUGCAGAAGCACAUUUCUCGCUGCAGGGUACGACCGAGGGAUCAAUAUGGGGAUUGAAGGUGGAAGGGGGGACUUUGAAUGGGUUUACAAUGACCAACCGCACACCUCAAGAAGAAAAGAAAUAUUAGCAAAGUAUCCAGAGAUCAAGUCUUUGAUGGGACCAGACCCUCAACUGAAGUGGGUGGUAUCUGGCAUGGUGCUGACCCAGCUUCUGGCCUGCUAUCUGGUGCAUGACCUCUCCUGGAAGUGGGUCUUAUUCUGGGCCUACGCAUUUGGUGGCUGCAUCAACCACUCACUGACCCUGGCCAUCCAUGACAUCUCACACAAUGUGGCGUUUGGCAAUAAGCAGGCUCGCUGGAACCGCUGGUUCGCCAUGUUUGCCAACCUGCCCAUUGGACUGCCCUACUCUGCUUCCUUCAAAAAGUACCACAUCGAUCACCACCGUUACCUGGGGGGGGAUGGGCUGGAUGUGGAUGUGCCCACUGACCUGGAGGGCUGGUUUUUCUGUACCCCUUUGCGCAAAGUGGUCUGGCUGUUCUUGCAGCCCUUUUUUUAUGCUCUCCGCCCCCUGGUAGUCAAUCCCAAGCCUGUGUCCCGACUGGAGGCGCUCAAUGCCAUGGUGCAGCUUGUGGCAGACAUUCUGAUUUACUACCUGUGGGGGCUGAAGCCUGUGCUGUACCUGAUCUCUGGCUCCAUCCUCUGCAUGGGUCUGCACCCCAUUUCUGGCCACUUCAUCGCCGAACACUACAUGUUCCUGAAGGGCCACGAGACCUACUCCUACUACGGCCCCCUCAACUUAAUCACUUUCAAUGUUGGUUACCACAUGGAGCACCACGACUUCCCAAGCAUCCCUGGCAGCAGACUACCACUUGUAAAGAAAAUGGCAGCAGAGUACUACGACUUCCUGCCGCAGCAUACAUCUUGGGUGCGCGUGCUGUGGGACUUUGUUUUUGACGACAGCAUCGGGCCAUACGCCAGGAUCAAGCGUCACUACAAGCUGGUCAAAUCGGAGUGAGUCCAGAAGCUGGGAUCCACUGCUGCUUACCUUAAUAAUGCUGUUGGCUUUCAGGAUUUCAAGCAGGUCAAAUGAUCAAUUCCUACAGUAUGUUUAAACGAGAGGGCCCUGAAACCCAUGUUAACGAGGGACACUAUCAAACAGGUUUCCAGCUACCAACGCCAGUAGUAGGGUCUUCAGACGCAAUACAAAGCAUUUUAACUAAUUCCUUCAUUAAUGAGUGUUUGAGUCCAGCCACUUGAGUGUAUGACUAGUGAGGGAUUCAGUUGGUAAUGCAGUUAUGAAGUACUGAGAGCAUUUAUCAUUUUAUGAAGCAUCAUUUCCCCAAAACUGGCCAACACCAUUAUUGCAGAGAAGUUAUGAUUGGUUAAUGAUGACUCUGCUCAGUGUGAGCAGCAAGUGGCUGAUAUGAUGUAAAGAAAAACUCAGGUAACACUUUUACAAUGUAUAUACAAAAUAUUUGCCAGUCAUAUUAUUAGGGCACUGGAGUGACAGAGUGAGAGUGCGGACACUUGACUAGUGAAGUUAAUUACCUGCUACAGUUGAAAAAUGAAACGAAUUGUUAUGGACCAAACGUGCAUUUAGUUAACAUCAGUUGUGAGAAAACUGUUUUCAGCUGCAGUGGCUAAGACUGAUGAUCCUGAGGGACUGGCUGGAAUGAAAACCUGCACACAUCCACUCCCCCCUCAGCAGCCUGGCUGUAUAGUCUGUGCCCCUCUGUAUCAUGACGAGAUGUGUUGUGUUUUUCCUCACAGCAGUGGUUUCCAUAUGAAAACAGCACUGCUGGCUGUUUGAGAGCAUACUACAGCUUGUGGGGUUUCUUCAUUAAAUGUUUUUGAAUGUUUUAAUAUAUAAUUAAUAUAAUUUGAAACUUUACAUGAAAAUGGACAUAAAAUAUACACUAAUGAUGACACUGAACUGCAAUGACUGAACUGAUACUUUAUUAUUAUUAUUAUUAUUAUUAUUAUUAUUAUUGUUAUUAUUAUUAUUAUUAUUGUGCUUUUCAUUAAAUUGGUAAAUUUGAUAACAACAGAAGAUGUAGCCGAUUCCAUCAGUGCAAUAUAAUAAACAGGUUUUUCCUCCUC